AUGAUGUCCAAUCACUAUUACGAUGGCGCGAUUACAAAUGAAUCAGUUAGGAAUGUGGAUAUAUUGAUUCGGAAAGACUAUCCAUCCCCAGAUUCCUGCGCUCCACCAGUUGAUAUGCUUAUACGCCAUAACAAAAUUCAUCAAUUGUCCUGUCACUUGGCUGACCAAGAUUCUUCGGAUAGUCCUCAUCCCAAACCCCUUCAUCUCAAUCCGGGUCAACUGCCCCAGUGCCCUUUCACAGGGAAAUCGACCUCUUUUUCCUUUACUAAAAACCCCUUGCCACCACCUCGCUCCACUUCAACACGUGAAGCAGGCGCAAUCUCGACAGAGGGGCUCGGGGAUCUAGUAGAAGGUAUUGAAAACUCCUUAGAAUCACUCUACGAGGCUGUGGAUGAGAUGGCACAUCUUCGACAUCAGCUGGAAUCAACAGGGGAAAUCAAGGCUGUGAAUGGUCUGAUGCAAUGGCUCUAUCAGUCAUAUUGA